UUCACGUCCAACUGCCAAUCUGUCAUUUUGUCUGAACAUUAAAUUAUUUAAAUGCGUUGUGACAGGUUAAGACCACACCUGUACGUAUCUGCGCUGUCUCGUAGAAAUGCGGCAUUUGCUUGUCACUCACAGACGGAAAAGGUAGACAACAAUAACUUGCUGUUACAAUGUCGAUCAACAAAGACGAAUCUUGGGCUGUCAUAAAGAAGCUAGACACGGUGAAGGAUUACAAGGAAUGUGCGCACGUUUAUGAUGAAAUAUUUGAUACACUUUCCUAUAGUGCACCAAGCCACGUGGCGCGAGCAGUUAAUGAGUUGCUAGGCAACGAGAAGGAUGCUCUGAUACUGGAUGCAGGGGCUGGGACAGGAUUGGUGGGGAAGGAGCUUCACGAUCUCGGCUUCACUAACCUCGAUGCUCUUGAUGGAAGUCAGGAAAUGCUAAACAUAGCCAAUCAGAAAGGUGUUUACAAGAGGACUAUUUGUGAUUUGCUUGGCACAAAUAGACUAGAUAUAUCAAAUGACACGUACUCCUGUGUGUUGGUAGUUGGUACCAUUGUUCCUGGCCAUGCUAACGCCAGUUGUCUCCCGGAGCUCUUUAGAAUCACCAAACCAGGUGGACUUGUGGUCAUAACAACAAGAGACGUUCACGUGCAGGGUUGCGGGCAUGCCGGGAAAUCUCUGGCAGAGUGGAUGGGGAUACACGAGGAAAACAAGCUUUGGCGAAAGAUGGAGACUAGGCGAGUCGAAAAUUACCUGGAUGGCCAUGCUGGGAGUAUUGAUAUAUUUCAGGUGGUUUGAGGAGUCCUGAUAUCACGUGGUCACGUGAUAAUUCCGAGACCAGUAGUAAUUUGGACAUCACGAUUCGCAAAAAUUAGGAAGGAGAGGCGUUUGUUUAUAUUUUAUUGUUUUUAAUAUAAAAUUACUUUUUCUUACCAAAAGAACAGAAUGAUAUGACUACCUAACCGGCAUUAAUGGAGAAAGGAGGAGAAGCAAAGACGAAAAGGAGGAAAGUAAAUGUCUUUAUGCGGUUUGUGCGUUUCUCCCUGCUUUCGUUUCUACCGUGGGCCUCUUGAUAGGCCCAAGGUUCAUUGGUCAGAAAAAUCUUCCCUAUCAGAACGGUAUUCAGCUAGAUAAAACAAGACACCACUAUAGACUUACACUCCUUUUAAGAAAAAAAGUUAGGCAGAGAAUUUCAUUAUUUCUCCGUGUAGAUCCACCCCAUGUAAGUCGUUGCUUGAAAUCCACGACAGACCUUUAGUAAAAAGUUCAGCUUUGCUUAUAG